GGUUACGGCAAAGUUUCUCCGGUGACAAAAUCUGGAAAGGUAUUCUGCAUUUUCUUUGCAUGUAUCGCGAUCCCCAUCACUCUGGCAUUCUCGGAAGCUCUGGUCAAGAUUUUCAUGGUACGAGUGCGCAUAUGGCGGGAACAAUUUGUGGGUCGGCUCUACAUGUCACAGUGUGUGCGCAACAACUCGGCAAAUUUAGCUCCCACGAAUAUGUCACAUGACCAAAGUAGCGUUGCUUGGCCAUAUGAAUUAACACAAGCAACCACGAAUUGUCUCAAUAGUCAUCGUAAUUCAGCGGAACAGACGGUACAGUUCAGACUUGAAGAUGAACAAGGCAACGAGCCAUGUGAUUCGAGCGGCUUUCCAGCGCAACGAAAUGCAUUCGGGAUGGAAAGUACUUUUGUGACGGUGAAUCGCUGUACAACCAGUACAUCAAACAGUAUCGUGAAGGAUCGCGAAUUUCGUGCGCCGCUGGGUGAUAAUCAAAUGCACCGGAGAAACGGCGAUGCUUUGUCUCGUUUUCGCUGCAAAAGCCCCACAAAGAGUGAAGGAACGUAUACCAUACUUUCUGGAAUAAACAUAGCCAGAAGUAUUUCGUGUCCAAACCUGCGAAUAAUAACACAAACGUUCUCAGCUCCCAGAGUCAGAUAUAUCGAAGAAAAGGAUAAUUGCUGUUCGACUAUAUUAGCUGAAAAAUUGCGUGCUAUUCAAACGCCUACUAACUUAGAUCGAAGUACACUUGGCUGUCUCCCGAAUGGCCGCCCCGUAACCAUUUCCAGACAAUACAGCUCGGAGACACGUUCAAGUUGGGAGAAUCAAGAAGUUUCUGUCUAUCCAACUCCACGGAUUCCAGCGGCAAGCGAUCUAGAGCUUCUUGAAAUUCGCAACCACAGCGUCACAACAACAAAUUCGAGAAUAUCAGCUCCGGAGACCUUCUGUUUGGAACUGGUAACGUUUUUGCUGACCAAAUUCCACUGCGGACAAACAACCGGUGCCUCCACAUGUUCCGCUCGUCUGGAGAGAAGACAGAAAUGCGUGCUCAGGAUCCGAUUACUGCAUUCGUGUUUGAUCUUCAUCCUCAUCUUGAUCGCCACCAUAAUUCUCCCCUCCAUCAUUUUUCAUCAUACGGAAAAGGGGUGGUCCUUCUUGGAUGCGAUCUACUUCUGCGUCAUUUCAAUGACCUUAGUUGGGCUAGGUGAUCUGGUACCCAGUGGAUAUGAAACAAUUGAAGAGUCUAGAACUCCUACUGUGCUGUACCUGAAGCGCAUCUUUAACGUUUUGACAACAAUUUACCUUUUGUUCGGAACAACAAUGAUUCUCUUUGGCGUCCGAGUUAUCGAGGAUUCCAUUUGUUCUGAGCGGAAUGCAGUUUCGAACCAAAGCUUGCUGGUUGGCGACCCUGCCAUUAGAAUGUAUAACUCAGACACUGCCUUUGAGUCAGGCCAAUCAAAUGUGACGUCUGCUCCAACCAAUUUCAUACGCAGAGGCAGGAGCAAUACGGAUGUGUCGAUCAUCAAAAAGAAACCACAAGCUGAACCACCCCCCGAAGAGAAAAGAGGCAAUAACAGUCAGCAUUCAUAAUUGACAUACAUCACAUUUUCAUCAACAAAUCCUUGCCAUAUCCCACUGCACUUGUUUUGAUAUUUUUGGUCCAACAAACCGGGACAUGCUAACAUCGCCAUCGUAAUGAAACUGGG